GCCGAUGAAGAACAGAUAACUUGUUGUGGUGAUCUACAAAGUGAUACCUCUACAUGGCGGGGACGCACAGGUGGAAAAUUUGCCUCGUCGGGGAUACAGGAGUUGGCAAGACUUGUGUAGCCCUCCGAUUUUACCAAGAUCGAUUCACAGGAACUGUACCAACUAUUGGAUAUGCUUUCAUGGAAAAGGAGUUAGCAGUCGAUGACGUCCCUCACGUGUUUAACCUGUGGGACACAGCUGGGCAGGAACGCUACCGCUCUCUUGCACGUGGUUUCUUCAGACGAGCGAGUGCAAUGGUCUUAGUAUACGAUAUAACAAACUUGCAAUCAUUUGAGGUGCUAGGGAAGUACUGGAUACGUUCCACCCAGCGAGGUGCGCCAGAGAACGUGGCCUUAGCAAUAGUGGGAAAUAAAUGUGAUGUGGAGGAUGAACGGCAAGUGUCGACGGAGGAGGCGGAAGAGUUUGCCAAGACCCAUGAUGCCGUCUUCAUGGAAGUCAGCGCGAAAUCGGGAGCCAAUAUACACUCUCUAUUUGAGAAAAUUGCAAGGAGACUUCUUGAGACUCCGGAGUUGGAAUUCAAAGCAGUUGGGAUGAGGAUCUUAACCCCUGACCCGGCUGACGACCAAGACGAAGAAACUGGGAAGGAUUACAAGACAAGAUGCUGUAGCCAUCUACAUCUAGGAUCAAACUAAUAGCAUGGUAGUGUAGCCCUGUUCAUACUGCUAUUCCCCAGGGUUGCCCCGGGGAGUAAUGGCCAGCCCUUUCACACUAUGAUUUUAACCCCUGACCCGGCUGACGACCAAGACGAAGAAACUGGGAAGGAUUACAAGACAAGAUGCUGUAGCCAUUUACAAUUUUUUACACCUAGGAUCAAACUAGUAGCAUGGUAGUGUAGCCCUGUUCAUACUGCUAUUCCCCAGGGUUGCCCCGGGGAGUAACGGCCAGCCUUUUCACAAACUAUGAUCUUAACCCCUUGUCCCGGCUGAUGGCCAAGACGAAGAGACUGGGAAGGAUUACAAGACAAGAUGCUGUAGCCAUCUACAUCUAGGAUCAAACUAAUACUAUUGUAGUACAUCCCUCUUCACACUAUUCUAUUCCCCAGGGUUGCCGCGGGGAGUAACGGCCAGCCUUUUCACACUAUGAUCUUAACCCCUGCCCUGGCUGACGGCCAAGACGAAGAAACUGGGAAGGAUUACAAGACAAGAUGUUGUAUCCACCUACAUCUAGGAUCAAACUAAUACUAUUGUAGUACAGCCCUGUUCACAUUACUUUAUUCUUAAGGGUUGCCCCCGGGGAAUAACAGACGGCCUUUUCACACUUUAAUUUAACCCAUGCCCCGGCUGACGACCAAGACAGAGAAACUGGGAAGGAUUACAAGACAAGAUGUUGUAGCCACCUACAUCUAGGAUCAAACUAAUACUAUUGUAGUACAGCCCUGUUCACACUACUUUAUUCCCCAGGGUUGCCCCAGGGAGGAACGGCCAGCCUUUUCACACUAUGAUUGCUUUACCCCCGGUCUGCCCCAGCAAAUGGGCAUACCUUGGGAAUAGCCACCCCUGCUAGGGGGUAAGUGGUAAAACCCAGGGGAACGUGUAAACCAGAACCCUUCGCUGUUGAAUCUUUAAGUUACAAAUUCCAGAGAAAUGUAUAUCAAGAAACAGUAGAUCUGAUCAUAUGAUAAAGAACUUUUAUUGAAACAAAUUUGAAAUGUUUGAAGGAAUGUUUGAAGUAUCUAGUACUUGAAGAAUAUGUUUCCAUUAUCUUGAAUUCAAGAUACUGUUUUUUUAAACAAAGGACUGGAUCGUUAUUCCAGACCUGUUUGGAUUAAAAUAAUAUCCCUCUCAGCGUUUGAUGUUUACUCACACUUAAUUAAAAUUGUAGCGACAGAUUGAUCUGAUAAAUUACCAGAAGUCAUAAUUACUCGAUGGUUGUUCUGUCGAAAAUGUUUUCUAAGUAUUUUCUAAGGUCAUAUAUGUCUUCUCUGGAUACCCACCCCCCCCAAAAAAAA